AGAUAGAAACAAAGCAAGCAGUAGACAGAAAGGAACAAGGUACGUAUGUGCAGUUAUUAAAGAUGGCACCGAAAAAAGAACCAUCGAUUAAAAAGUCCCCGUCGGGUGGAACGUUACCAAGACAUGGACCUCCAUUCCCUUGUCCUACUAUGGCACCUGCGAUACCAAAGCCAACCCCAGAGCUCAAGCCUCGGCUACUGCGCCCAUCUGACACUCCCUUUGACCCCAGCACGCUGGAGAUUGAGUUUAACUUGGAUCAGAUACAUGACUUCAAAGAGGCCUUCCUCCUGUUUGACCGGAUGGGAGAUGGAAAGAUCACCUAUGGUCAGUGUGGUGACGUGAUGCGUGCCCUGGGCCAGAACCCAGUCAAUGCUGAGGUGCUCAAGGUUCUAGGAAACCCAAAGGCAGAGGAGAUGAACCACAAAUUGCUGGACUUUGAGCAGUUCCUGCCCAUGCUCCAGGCCAUUGCCAAGAACAAGGAUCAGGGCUCCUUUGAGGACUUUGUGGAAGGGCUACGGGUCUUUGACAAGGAGGGCAACGGCACAGUCAUGGGAGCUGAGCUGCGUCAUGUUCUUACCACGCUGGGAGAGAAGAUGACGGAAGAUGAGGUAGAAACACUUCUGGCCGGGCACGAGGAUGCUAAUGGCUGCAUCAAUUAUGAAGAACUCGUGCGGAUGGUCAUGAACGGUUGAAGAAGAAGGAAAGCAUUCCCAUUUGUGCACGUGCACGUGUGUGUGCACGUGCAUGUAUGUUUUAUGUGACACAUUUUGUUUUUAUUCCUUUUUUCCAUCCUUAUCACUGCUCCUCUUUUGCCGACGUGCUUCAGUCUCCCUACCACCCGCCUCUUUAUUUGCACGCAUUUGUUUUUUUUAUUUUCAGAAGUGCCUUUAUCUUCCCCAGUUAAGAUCCCACGUGACCCUCCUCACUAGUCUCCACACUGUCCAGUGGUGUUCACACCCCACAGCUGCACGGAGGGGAGCUUUUGUGUCCCGACACUGUUUGCAAUAAAGCCUCUCGACGCAGCACGCAGUCAUGCUGUAACAUGGGCUUGAAUGCAAUAAUCCUCAGGCUCUUCAUUGGUGGACAGUGCUUUAGCAGGACUGUUGCAGCUUUAGCCGACUCUGAAGACAAAAAAGGACCAUUUUAUGUGUAAAACCAUAACAUAGCUAAACAAUGUUUUCAAAGUGAACUACACUUCAUUUUUUUCUUUGGGUGUGGAUGAACCUCGAAAUAAAAUCCAUUUCAAAAUGAA